AUGGGAGCGUCCACUUCUUCAGAACCGAGGGUCCCGGCGGAACAGCAGGAGGCGGAAAACGUCGCAGCCUCCACCGGAGCUCUUCCUAUACUUCAAAAAGCUUUCUCCAAGUUUGCUAAUUCCGAAACAAACGCAAUUCCCUUAGAAAAUCUUCAGAAAUGCUUCGGUUUCGCUCGCGAAGGUCGAAGUUACAAUGCAGAAAACGCGAAAGAUUCGUUUCCGGUGUUAUUGGAUCAUUUAGGUUCAUCCUUAGUUGAUCACUUUUUCAUUUCUGGUAAAGGAGGAAUAAAUUGGGUUGAAUUUGUAAAAGGCUAUAACAAGUGUUGUGCUAGGGUAUCUGCUUCCACUUUGCUGAACAAGUUUAUUAGAGUAUUCAUUGAUGUUACAAGAAAAGCUGACGUGCCUGUGAAUUUGGAAUUUGAAUCAGAGGAUGCUGAUUGCAAGGCGAACGGGUACCUUCUUCCAAACCAUGUGUUUCUGCUUCUUUCUGUUUGUUGGGCUUUGUCUUGGGAUGGUAGAAAUUCGAAAGGGAAAGGAAAUGUGAGUGUGCCUGAUCUGAGUCAUUUGGUAUUGUCAGCAGUUACGUCGUGUGUUGAAGAUAAAGAUGGGUUUGAUGUAUGGAAUUGUGAUAUUUCAUGUUUGGAAGUUCAGCUUCCUGCUGGGAAGUUUGUUACAUGGGUUAUGAGUACAGUGCCAUGCCUCCCUGAUUGCUUAAAACUGUAUUUUCAUGCAAGACUGCAAAUGCUAGUAACUGAAGGGGAUGAAUUGGCAUCCUCUGAUUCUUCCUCUAUUGAAGAAAUUUCAUCUACAGCUGCAUGUGAUUAUAUUUUAACCCAAGGAAGGGCGUGGGCAAUUUCUAUCACACAAAGAAGUACAGUAAAUGAAGAGAUUUCUAGAGCCUUUAUUAGCAGUGGAGCUGGAAUGAAUGAUAACCUUAUUUAUCGUUCAUCGACCCAUGGAAGAGGCCUCAACAGAUUUUGGUCUCGUGUUGAAGGUUACCAUGGUCCGUUGCUAAUUUUGGUUGCUGCGAGUUCGGGAAAUGAUCAUGAGGGAAAUUCUGCCAUCAGGAAAUUUGUUAUAGGUGCCCAAACAAAUGAAGGUCUAGAAAAUAAAGAUGUCUUCUAUGGAACCACUGGUUGUUUAUAUUCUUUAAACCCAGUGUUUCAUGUAUUUCCACCUACUGGCAAGGAAAAGAACUUUGUUUAUAGCCACCUGCAUCCUACUGGCAGAGCAUACCAAUCACAUCCAAAGCCAGUUGGAGUUGCAUUUGGAGGAACUCCGGGAAAUGAGAGAAUAUAUAUUGAUGAAGAUUUUUCCAAAGUGACCAUUCGCCACCAUGCUGUUGACAAAACUUACCAGAGUGGUUCCCUUCUUCCAGAUCAGGGGUUCCUGCCUACUGAAGCUCUCAUUUCAGAAGUUGAAGUAUGGGGACUCGGUGGGAAAGCAGCAAAGGAAGUGCAAGACUCAUAUAAGAAGAGAGAAGAUCUUUUCACUGAGCAGAGACGAAAAGUUGACCUGAAAACAUUUUCGAAUUGGGAGGAUUCACCUGAGAAAAUGAUGAUGGAUAUGGUGUCCGAUCCAAAUGCUGCUCGAAGGGAAGAUCGUUAA